AGAGUACACACGUCGCACUAUCAACUGAAUCCAUCUAAGAAAACAACUCGCUGGGAGUCCGGCUCUGAGCUGCGUACUGUAUAUACUAAAAAGGCAAGUUUGAGCUCGGUCUCUCCCCCACUCAGACAGCGCACCGGGCGGACGCAGCUGGCCAUGGCCCGGGGCGGACACUUCGGCGAGUGCGUCCUCACCGUUCGGCCAGACUGUGGAAGGGGAGAGGUGGGCGCUGCGAUCACCCUGCCACCGUUCUCUUCGAGUUAAAAGCGGAGAGGAGCUGCGUUGUGGAGCGCCCGGGAGCUGGGGAAACAACACCACCAAAAGAAUAAAAAAAAAUUAAAUUAAAAAGUGCGGACAGCGGUGCGGACGGACGCGCAGCCACAACCGAGCCAAGGAGAGGAGGGGGGGGGGGACCCCAUGAAGGCAAAUAUGCUGUUUCUUAGCCUCGCCGGGUUCACGCUGCUCAUCGGAACCGACUCGCACCAGCGUUACCGAACGGAGCUUUACGCACGGGCACACAGCAGGACCGCAUGAAGAACAGCGGCUCGGAGAACGGGGAAAAGUUGAACGCGGCAGAAGGUUGUUGUAAUGGAUAAAGGCUCGCCAAAGAUCUCUGAAUCCAAAUGUCACCCCCCUUGGACUCUACCCUGGUCGGGGACCAGCAGUGUGUGACGAACAGGCGAGUGGAGCCUGCGGUGGCUCUCUACUGCGUGGCUUCAAAUUGGCCCUGGCUGAGCUCUGCGUGGAGCAGCGAGUGAAGAGUCCUGCCACGGUCUGAUGUCUCAGCAUGGAUGGAGUCAGUCAGAGGACCGGCUACCACUAAUGAGACCGUCACUCUUCAACUGAGGACUAGCAUUUACAGGAUUACUCCCACGGCUUCCUUCUCCUUUUUCAGCUAACUACAUCAUUACCGAACUCUCCUAGUUGGACUUUUCGUGGUUCUGCUUUUUGGUGGAUAUAUUACGUCAUUGCCUUCCUGAUUUUCACAUUUCUUUAUUUCCCCUCCAAUUUUUUUUUCUUAUUGUUGGUUUUUCUUUUCCUGUUUUGUUUUUCCACUAUGGAGUUUCUGGCUGGACCUUGGAAUAAAGAUUGGGCAUCAUUCUUGCAAUUUUGGUUGACUGUUAUCCUGAGCCUCCAAAUGCAAUUCAGCCCGGGUGCCUCUUGCCCGGAGGAGUGUCGUUGUGACAAACCGUUUGUGUACUGCAACGAACGCAGCCUGACAUCAGUGCCUCUGGGGAUACAGGAGGGUUUCAAGGUCCUCUUCUUACACAACAACCAGAUAAACAAUGCUGGCUUCCCUGUGGAACUUCACAAUGUGGCCACAGUGGAGACUGUGUAUCUGUACGGCAACCAGUUGGACGAGUUCCCCAUAAAUCUACCCAAAAACACCAGGGUCCUGCAUCUCCAGGAGAACAAUAUCCAAACCAUCUCCAAGGCAGCCCUGGCCCAGCUGACUCAACUGGAGGAGCUGCACCUCGAUGAUAACUCCAUCUCCACAGUGGGGGUGGAAGAAGGUGCCUUCAGGGAGGCGGUGAGCCUCAAACUCCUCUUCCUCACCAAGAACCACUUAAGCAGCGUUCCCAUUGGCCUUCCCGAGGACUUAAAAGAGCUGCGGUUGGACGAGAACCGCAUCGCUCACAUCGCAGAGGAGGCCUUUCAGAAUGUGACCCGCCUGCAGCGCCUCCUGCUGGACGGGAACCUGCUCACAGAUGAGGGCAUCGCACCAGGGACCUUCCAGGAACUGGCGACCCUCCGUGAGCUGGCCCUGGCCCGCAACUCCCUCACCUUCCCCCCUCCCCUCCUACCCAGCCAGUCACUCGUCAAAUUGAGCCUGCAGGAGAACCAGAUCGACCAGAUUCCCGUGGCAGCCUUUGCUGAGCUAAACCGGCUGGAAAAACUGGAUGUCUCCAGCAACCAGCUUCAGACUCUCACCCAGGGCGUGUUCGAUGGCCUAUCGAGCCUCAAGCAUCUCAUAGUGCGGAACAACCCCUGGCGUUGUGAUUGCGCUGUAAAGUGGGUGGUGGUGUGGCUCAAGUCCUUGCCCUCCUCCAUCAACGCCCGAGGGUUUGUGUGCCUGAGUCCGGACAUGGUGCGCGGCAUGGCAAUCCGAGAGCUCACGCUGGAAAUCAUAGAGUGCCCGGUCGACGCCGACCAGCCACCCUGGCCCACCCUCCGCUCCACACCCUCUCCCCCGCCCACAACCACCGCCAUUACCACCAUGAUCUCCACCCUCAUCACCACAUCCAUCCCGUACUUCUUUGACUCACCCUCCCCUCCCUUACCCCCAAUCCAUAACAACCCCCCUGGGCCCCUGCCUCCUUACGAGGACCCCCUUCAGAUCUCUUUCCCCGUGGUCAACUCUACCAGCAUAGAAGUGAGCUGGGCUUCCUAUUUCACCGUCACGGCCUACAAGGUAACUUGGGUCAAAAGGGGCCAAAGCCAAAUAAACGAAGGAAUGAGGGAGAGGACGGUUAGCGGGGACCGUCGGCAUAUUAGCCUCACCAACCUGGAGCCCCGAUCUGUGUAUCGGAUCUGCGUGCAUGUGCUGGACACCCUCAAUUCCUACAGGCCCGGAGAGGAUACUAUAUGCUCCGAGGCCAGGACCAAAGCUGUUGUGUCUACCAAGGUUCCGGGUGAGCAAGCUCCUCAUGAGAGCAUCAACUCCACGCUGCUCAUGGCUGCGAUCAUAGGCGGGGCGGUGCUCAUCAUCCUGUUAACGCUGCUCAGCCUGUUCUGCUGGCACAUGCACAGGAAGAGCCGGUCGGCCUCGACCAAGUGGAAAUACAACCGGGGCAGGAGAAAAGACGACUACGGCGAGGCUGGAACCAAGAAGGAUAACUCCAUUCUGGAGAUGACCGAGACCAGUUUCCAGAUAGUGGCGCUGAACAAUGAGCAGCUGCUCAAGGGAGAUUUCCGCAUUCAGCCCAUCUACACACCCAACGGGGGCAUCGGAUUUAGAGACUGUCACCUCAGUAACAACAGCAUAGCCUACUGCAAGAGCAGCAACGUGCCCAGUACAGAGUUCUGCCACACGUGAUGCAGCAGCAAAUAGUACAGCCGCAUUCACACGCAAAUACACACACACACACACACCAGAAACGCUUGAAAGUGCAUAAUACAUACACCCACACACAUACCGUUUGUGAAGACCACAAAAAACAUAGAAAUUCUAGUGAAAUAUAACUGUACUAUAUAUAUUUCCAAGUUCUGUCUACGAUGUAAUUUAUACUGUGGAUAAUAAUGUGGGAUUCUCUGCUAUCUUUUUUAUUCUUAGGAAAAGAGAUGUUUCUUUUUUUUUAUAACCAGCAGGGUUUUGAACGUUGUUUUAAUGGUCAGUACUGUACAUGAACACGGAUUUGUACAAUCACGGCACCCUGGGUGUAGCUUCCGACGGAUGCUGUCAGCCUUGGAAAUGUUGGGGCGCUCACAGGGCUGGGAUCUUUUGCUAACCACAGAAGCAAAAAAUAAAGGCCUGUUUAUUUUUUAUUUUCUUUUACUCUUUGAAACACUGCAAACCCGCCCCGGUACAACAGAACAGUAGUAAAGACAACACAGCACAGGGGGAAAUCCAAACACUGCUGAUUGGAGCGCUGUUGAAAUAUAGCACUGGUUCGGUGGUAUGUUUAAAAAAAAAAAAAAAAAGAACUGAAGUGCACUUUCUUAUUGAUGGAAAAGAGGCAGGAAAUGAGCAGAGGUGGUGAUCGCAUGGAUGCAAGGGAUUGUGGGUGUCAGGAGAAUGUCAUCGGUGCUGCCGCAAAGCCUGGGCUGAGAUUUCCCAAAAGUGCCUAUACGCUAAAAGCAUCUUUGUUCGACUUGUUUACAGUGGCGCAAAGGUGGGCUUAGUCAAAAGACACUUUUAUUAGGAAAACUCUGUAAAAAAAAAAAAAGGAUGUGUCGUUUUCAGCACAUUUGUGUGUGUUUUGCCAGCGAGGUGUAAUUAUUAACAUGGGUUUAAAAAGGGUACAAAGGAUUAUUGUCCCUGAGGUGAGGUGCAUGGCCGUGCUGAGACUUGCAGAUCCUUUUUGAAGAAAUUCCCUAAUUGGUUCUGCCCCCCCCCUCCACAUAUACACACACACACCCUGUUUUGGCAAGUAAGGCCACAAGAGGGCAGUUUCCCUCACCGCCGUGGGUGGGACAGAGACAGAGGAACAGAGGGCAAGACAGGCCAAGACAAAGGGGGGGGGGGGGGGUGGGAGCCGCAUGGAUCACUUUACCUCCACCAUUCCCCUGGAGUCCAUUACCCAGACAACAUUACUCAUGCUCAAACAGCAAUGUUUGGAGUAUUAUUGCUCAUCGAGCUACUUAAUGAUGUGGAAUCAUUUAAAACUAACAGUGUUUUCCGUGUUUGGUGGCUAAAUGAUAUGGAUUUUCACAACUGUGGUCUAUCAUGUAGUGUGUGUGUGUGUGUGUGUGUGUGUGUGUGUGUGUGUGUGUGUGUGUGGAGAGGGAUUUUGAGAAAGCACACACGCACACAAAUGAUAAUUAUACACCCACUUAUUUCAACCUUGUCCCGGCGUUCAUUAGGCGUUUUGAUAAAUUAGGAAAUUACAACAAUGGGAUCGCGCUCCGCCCAUCAUCCUCACAAUGCUGAGCGCCUGUGACUGAGCAGCUCAUCUAGCGUCUCAUCAUUUACCCCUUUUGUGUACAUUUAAGGAACUGUCUACUUCGUUUAUGCUUGGCUCGCCUGAACAAUGCACCUGCUCACUUCACACCAUUAAUCCCUGGAAUGAUGAUGACGAUGAUGAGAGUGACGACGAUACGCAACCCUAUCUACCCUCAUUUUCUGUCUUUCUCUCCCUGUCUGUCUUUGCACUUUUGAUCCCUGCACGGGCUCCAUUAAAACACUUUUCCCUUCAGCUCGCAGGCUGUGGUGGCAGCUCUUUGCGUGCGAGGUGCCAGUGAGAGGUCUUCAUUAUGCACUUCUUAAGAAGACUAUUUGAUUUGACAAGAUUUUUUUUUGAGGGGCCAAGCUUAAAGAUUUCCCACCCUCGACCCCUGCGGCCCCCUUUCCCCCUACCUCUUUUUCCCCCGCUCUCCUCAUAAUCCUCGACCAAAAAAGGGAGAAAAGUAUGUAGGCCUUAUUUUCACUUGGCUGCAUGGAGCUCACGCUGGGAGAGCGAGCGUGUUAACUCUUUGCGAGGCGCACGGAUUCAGCUGCUCGGACAUACUGUACACGGUAGAGAAUCGACACAAACUGGGCCAAGCAUUUGAAGUGAAGUGUUUUUUUUAAAGGGCUUGGAAUCAAGUUAUUUCAGAAUGUCGUGAUUAUCUCUGAGAGGAUUUACCUCCUGCCGUCGGGAUAUCUGAAAAAAAAAAAGAUAAAAUAAAGUAGCUGCAACUAACGGUAAUUCCAGCAAUAGCUCCGAUCAUUAUCCCCUGGACUUUAUAUUAAAGGUGCUGCGCAGACUUCCACAGCCCCAUGCAGUGUUGAAAAUCUGUUCAACC